AAGAGUCACAACCAACCCAUCUCGCUCGCGCGCGCUGUUGGGGGGCCUUCGUCUCUUCGACUAUACUCUUCUCCACGCCCGAUAUCAGAUCUCACCGUUGAACCCGACCACCACCACCACCACCACCCCCUCCUCUUCCUCCUCCUCCUCCUCCUCCGCGCCCGAUAUGAAAUCGCAUCGGUGUUUAUAUCCCCAAUGAGGAUGCAAAUAGUAGCGGAAGAAGAAGAAGAAUAGAGAGGAAGCAGUGGCGAUCCCCAGAUCCCGCCACUCAUCCGAUCUCCUCCCCCUCCGGAUAAGCGAGCUCGGAUAUCCCCAUUAAUGGCGUCGUCGUCUUCGUCCCGGAUCUUCGAGUACUUUGUUGUGUGUGGGCUCGGCCCCGAGAUCCGAUCGCUAGAUGGGAGUAAGGGGUACCAGGGGACGGAGGUUAUGUACAUGCCCUCGUUUCUCGACCAGUUCCCCCCCUCCAACCAUUCUCUCUACCCUCCGCCACCCCCUCAGCUUCCUACUUGUGUUUUGCCAGCAGGAGUUGAAAUCUAUUCUUCAGGAGUGGACAGUAAUGAUGUUUCAACAUAUCCACGCAGUUAUCCAAUAGUACUAACAGAGGGAGAUGGUUCAAAAAUCUAUGUCAGCUGCAUUGCAUUUCGGGAUCCAAUUUGUGAAGAUAUUAUUGAAGCAUAUCAAAUUCCAGCAAAUUCUUUUGCUGAUAAAUGUAUUUGUCUUGUAUCACAUUCACCCAGUUUUCGAGUCCUUCGUGACGCGCUAGAGGAAUUGUUUGUCCUUUGUUUUUCCCCUUCUGGCUGUAGCAAGCCUAUGUGGGAUAUAAUUGCUUAUCUAGUGUCCAACGUUCCCUUACCGACACCUGGCAAGGACCGUGUCUUGUUUGCUAUUGAGAACUGCCUUCUUUCUGUUGAGGCUCCACCAAAAGAAAGCCUUCCUCAUGCAGAUAUCUCGUUUCAGCCGUUGGUCCAGUGCCUGGAUGUCGAUAAUUUGAUUCAGCUUUUCACUGCUGUGUUGCUUGAAAGAAGGAUAUUGCUCCGAUCAAACAAGUAUACAUUAUUAACUCUAGUGUCAGAGGCUAUCUGCCACUUAAUAUAUCCUUUCAGGUGGCAGCAUGUCUAUAUUCCACUAAUAUUUUUUAGUGGGGUAGACUACAUUGAUGCCCCAACACCAUAUAUGAUGGGACUUCAUUCGGGUGUUGACACAUCUGGCCUAACAAUGGAUGGUGUUGUUGUGGUGGAUCUUGAAUAUAACCGCAUAACAACUACAGAAGAAAUCCCUCCCAUACCUGAACCCGAGCUAAGUUCCUUGCGUGGUGAGAUACUGAAACUGCUGCACCCGAAUGUCAUGGGGAUUGACUACAUGAAGAUCAAUCUUGGCAGUAUGUCCGAUCAACUUGUUAUGGCUAGUGCCAAACCUUGGGGGGACGAACAUGACUUCCAUCUAAGGUUGAUAUUCUUGAGAUUCUUUGCACAACUUCUGAGUGGUUAUCGUAAUUUUAUUGACAAUGCAGCGCCUAGCGGCUUCAAUUCUCAAGCGUUUCUAAAAAAGCGUUCUCGAUCAACCAGUCAGCCUGUCGAGUCCAUGAUGAUGAUAACACAAUUUUUGGAGACACAAGGUUUCCUGGAUUAUCUAGAGAGAUGCAGUAAUUCAGAAGAAAAUAGUAACAACCUUCUUGAUAAACUACAAGAUGCCACAGGGAGGGGUCAAAAUCCUCUUACAAUCUUUCCUUCUCAUCUUUCUGAACCUGAGAUAGUAACAAUAGCAGAAUCUGAUGGAGUUGCAGGGCCGGGUUCUAAGUAUUGUUACAAAAGCUUCCCAUCAAAUGUUAGAACAGAAGAGCAGGAAGAAAAGCGUCGGUCAAUUUUGGCAGGAGUGAGUGGUGCCCAUUCUGCAAAACACAUACCUAGUUCACCAUCCGUCGUAGUAAAUGGUGAUUCAAAGGCGGAAAGCUUGAGUCCAAGGGAGAGAGCUGCAGAGAGAGAGCGGAUGGUCUUGGAUAUAAAAGUAAAGCUACAGGGACUCUGGCUGCGCCUUCUAAGACUUGGAGCAACUGAGGAUCCCCUUUCAUCAUUUGAAUAUGGCACAAUUCUUGCCCUUAUUGAAUCGGAUGCAGAAGGGAUUGGAGGAAGUGGUUUUGUUGAAUGCAUAAGGGAGCAUAUUCACUCGGGAUGGCAAUGCAGAUUGACUGACGAGCAAUUUAUUGCGGUAAAAGAACUGCUCAAAACAGCAAUAAACCGUGCUGCUGCUCGCAAUGACAUGCUUACCGUCAGAGAUGCACUAGAAGUUUCUGCUGAAAUAUACAGAAAAGACUCCAACAAUGUCCCAGAUUAUGUACAGCGCCAUCUUCUUCCCCUCUCCAUAUGGGAUGAGUUACGGUUCUGGGAUGGCUACUUCGAGUAUUUAAUAGAGCGUUCUUCAAACAAGUCGGCCAAUUAUGUAACCCUUGUGACUGCUCAACUCAUCAUAGUCGCAACUCACAUGGCUGGAUUGGGACUUCCUGAUAAUGAUUCUUGGAAUAUGAUCGAGAAGAUUGCAGAAAAAAACAAUUUCGGCUACAAGCAGCUUAUUAAACUUAGGGCUCUGCUAACACAUUUACAACAACUUCGGAUUGGUUAUUGGGGAGUGUCCAUCGGCAAAGGUCAAUCUCUGUCAUCCAUUAGUAUGCCUUCGCCACGCUCACAUGAUGCAUCAGAUGAAAGCCAACAACCUGCUGAAGCAUCUGGACUGGGUCGCAGUUGGGUAGCAAGCAUGUUUAGCAGAGACAGAAGUAUAAGAUCUAGUUCUUUUAGUCGAGCUAAUGAUGCUACUUCUGGCAAGGGAGAUGUUCCUCCUGGUCAAAAGAAAGUUCAGACCAGCAUUCGCACACUUAGAGGUCAUACAGGUGCGAUUACUGCUCUUCACUGUGUAACGAGAAGGGAGGUGUGGGAUCUCGUUGGUGAUCGUGAAGAUGCUGGGUUUUUCAUCAGUGGAAGCACAGACUGCUUGGUUAAAGUUUGGGAUCCUAGUAUGCGUGGUUCGGAAUUACGUGCAACUCUUAGAGGGCAUACUAGGCCAAUUCGGGCAAUUAACUCUGAUCGUAGCAAAAUUGUUUCAGGAUCUGAUGAUCAUUCGGUCAUUGUUUGGGAUAAGCAAACUUUUCGACUUCUAGAAGAACUGAAGGGCCAUGAUGCACCGGUUAGUUGUGUCCGGAUGCUAUCAGGAGAACGAGUUCUUACUGCUUCCCAUGAUGGGACAGUGAAAAUGUGGGAUGUUAGAACUGAUACUUGUGUAGCAACUGUUGGCCGCUGCUCAAGUGCAGUUACUUGCAUGGAAUAUGAUGACUCUUCAGGAAUACUAGCUGCUGCUGGAAGAGAUGUGGUGGCAAAUGUUUGGGAUAUCCGUGCUGGCAAACAAAUGCUCAAGCUUCAAGGGCAUACAAAAUGGAUCCGAUCUUUGAGGAUGGCUGGGGACACAAUACUUACCGGAAGUGAUGAUUGGACGGCUAGAGUAUGGUCUAUUUCUCGAGGAACUUCUGAUGCUGUUCUAGCAUGCCAUGCUGGUCCAAUCCUCUGUAUUGAAUAUUCUCCUUCAGAUAGAGGAGUUAUCACUGGUUCCACUGAUGGCCUUGUACGAUUUUGGGAAAAUGAAGAAGGAGGAAUAAAAUGUGUGAAGAACUUCACACUCCACUCUGCUUCGAUUUUGUCGAUUAGUGCUGGUGAAAACUGGCUGGGAAUUGGUGCAGCCGAUAAUUCCAUGUCUCUUUUCCACCGGCCUCAAGAAAGACUCAGUGGCUUCGCAAGCCCAGGUUCAAAAAUGGCAGGAUGGCAACUUUAUAGAACUCCGCAAAAAACUGUUGCUAUGGUACGUUGUAUAGCUUCCGACCUUGAUAGGAAAAGGAUCUGUAGCGGUGGUCGUAAUGGGCUCCUCCGGCUUUGGGAGGCGACCAUAAAUAUCUAGUCUUCUGAAAUAUUCGCCGUGCCCAGUUUGCCAAAGCCAUUGUGGAUAUGUAAUUUUCCAUCAACGUUUUCUACAUGCUGCUGAUACAAUCUGCAAUUUCUAUAUGGUAAGAGAACCUUACCGCUCGUAUGCAGAAUGAUGGAUAUUCUCAUUACCUUCAAUUAGCUCGAUCUCAUUUUUUUUCUCUACUUUUGUAAUUAUCGGCAGAACCAGAUUUUUUCACGUACGAGUUUGUCGAGCUUUCGGUUAUCUUUUUAAGUUGCCAUAUCCCGAUGGCCUAUGAUGAUGAUAAUUAUUUGUCGGGUGUAUCUAUUCUUGCUACUUGUUCAUAGUAAAAACACUGUCCUUUUAUAUACAAUAAUAAUAUUUGACCUUCUUUUCCAUUAUUC